ACUUGAACUGUUCUCUAGCAAUGGCUUAUAGAAUCAUGUAUUCACUCUUUGCUCUCCUCUGCGCAUUUAACAUCCUGCUUGCAACUACUAGCCAAGCUGCAGGAUGCAAUGUUCCGAAAAGCUCUAACAAAGGCGUGGACGUGAAGCAGCCUGAAUGGUUGAUCAAGUCUGAUAACAGCGUGCUGAUUCCUGGCAUUGGACGGGUGAUUAUACCACCAGCAUAUAGGGUUUCUCCUUACGAUCCAUACACCGGUGGCAUCGGAGGCACAGGAUCACCACCAAGUCAUAUUCCAGGCGGAGAUGAUACGUUUGUGCCAAAUCCUGGAUUUGAGGUUCCCACUCCUGGAAGCUCUGGGAUGCACCACCUGCUAAUCCUUAAGCACGCAUUGCUGCUAUGAUUAAUAAUGGUGCCGCCAGAUUACAAGGGGUGUUGUGCUUAUGCCUGUGUCUCUAGUUUCUAGUCUGGUUUAAAGUCUUGUACUGAUCUCAAUCUAUCAAAGGUUCCCGCUUUAAAGAUGUAGUAAAACACAAGGUGCUUCCACCUUCCUUUCUUAAAGACGUGUAAAAGCUGUUAUACAUGUCUGAUUUCCUA